AUGACACAAGGCGGAGUGCGGCUAUCAGUCAAAUAUCCUGGGUCUAAAUGCAGCAAAACGGAACUGCCUUUACUCACCGACCUAGAACUGGACUUGUUCCUCAAUAUCUUGGCUCGCCCAGACCAGGCCAUUGUAGUGAGUGUUUUCGAUUCGAGACGCGGGGUGGAGCUUCGAGAAAACCGCAGUCUGUUGGCAUGCCUUAUCAGUAUUAUCCGCCGUUACUGUGGUAGACUAAGAUGCUACCACCACACCAACAGAUUUUCAGAAAACCCAACACUUUCAUUCUGCAAGCGCCUAUACACUGAACAACAUAAACGAAUUCCAUCUGCCGGUCCAUUCCGUCGCAAGACAGCUUGUCAAGAUCCACGUGACACACAUCAUUAUGCACCAUUCUGUGCACGUGAGAUUUUGUACGCUCUGGGUACCAGGAGUCCUUGUGGAUCCCUGACAACCGCCUUCUCUCGGUAUCGUUUCCUCAGUUAUGAUCUUGCCUGCGUCUCAACAGCAAACAGUACACGACCCCUGCUGCAGCAGCGCUACGGACCUGCGGUACGAACUGGCAGCUGCCUCAUUUUCAUUGGCGGAAAACUGUGUCACCUGGGUGACUCCAUUACCGGUUAUCCAGACAAACUCUUGAGUAGGAAACUUUUGGAGCGGAAAAUCGCCGAAUGUUUUAAACAAGUUCUUGGCGCAGCUUGUGCACGCCCGAUCUCCCAAAGUGAAGGCUCUGUGGACGCGACAGUCAAAAUCGUUCAUCCGUUUUCAAACGUCCCUGGCAUUAUUUGUAACGCACUACUCAUAAAGUUGCUGAAAAUUCGUCGACAGCCAACGACCGGUUUCGCCCUGUUUGGUGCUCAUGAGGCUCAUUCCCCGAGUUUCCGUCGAUCUCAUGUUCUACUUGAAACCAAAUUGCACGAAAUUAUCGAAAUACACUCAUUUGCUGUCGACAAAUUGUCAGCAACCUUAUACAUGCAUCGCGAUAUCCCAACUAUCGUACCAGCUGAAACCGAGGCGGCCUGGUACAGCACAUUCAGUUACCUGGAAGCAUCACAAAAGAGAGAUUCAGCUGAGAUCCAGUACUAUGUUGAUACGCUGAAAUUAUACGCAGCUACAAUCACUGUACGACAGGUAAAUGGCUUUUAUACUUCGCUGCCAAAUCGUUUGACCGUCUCUGGCUUGUUUCCACCCUUCGCGUGGUUUGCCGACCAGAACCCUUCGAAGAAGUCGGUCGACGGGCAUAUGCAGCACGUGGCCAAGUCAGAGCAACCUGUGCAGUGUGAUCGGUCCAUCUAUCGAGAGGGCGACCGCAACCCACGCUACCGAGCCAUCAUUCCGCUUGCCGCUGUUUGGUAUGCGGAUGUUGACACUGCACUGUGCCGCACCCUUUUGGUGCCUAACUGCCAUGCCACCAGAAGGAAGGGAUACUGCCAGCUUGCCCCCGCCCUGCAUAGAAGUCGAGAGGCGGAGGUCGGGUUCGAACCAUGGACAUUCCGGUCACUUUUCACGGGAAACUCAACCGAAACGCUCGGUUAUGAUCUUCUUCAACUGGAUUGGCUGCACAGAUGCCGCCUCAUGUUUCAGUUGGUACGAUAUUCGAGAUAUCUCAGGAUAUUUUCACAAGGGAAACUAUUCAUCAGGUUGCUGAAAACCUUACGACAGCACACGACCGGUUACUUGGGGCUCAUCAGCUGUAGCACCCUUCCGGUGCCUAACUCCCAUGCCACUCGAAGGAGGCACGAGGUCUGGGAUACUGCCAGGUUGCCCAAGCGUAGACAGGGGAAGUCGAGAGGCAGAGGUUGGGUUCGAACCACGGACCUUCUGAUCAGUGAAUUCACCCUCUGA